GCAGAUGCACAAUUUUUAGCAGACCUUGCAUUUUUAACAGACAUGACAUCUCACCUUAACGAAUUGAAUUUGAAGCUACAAGGAAAACAGCAGAAUAUUGCCAACUUAUUUGGACACAUAAAUGGGUUUAAGAAUAAAAUAAAUGGGUUUAAGAAUAAAAUUCAUUACAAAAAAUUAUUUUUCAUUUUUUCCAAGUUGUAAAGAACAUUUCGAAUAAAUGAAGGAUUUUGAGGAAGUUUCAUAUUUACCUCAUAUAAAAUACAUUGACACAAUUGCAGAAGAAUUCAAAAAUCGAUUUAGUGACUUUAAAAAAAUCGAAAGCGACAUUUCAGUUUUCACUCAGCCACUAAC